ACUUCCUUGACGUUUGUUUACAAGUUUUUGGUUUUCGUCUUUUUGUAAUUUUCCAUUAAAAAAUUGGUGAAAGGCAAACUUAUUUCAGCAAAAUCAAAUACAAUACAAUUUAAUUAACAUGGAAAGUUCCAGUUCAGCGAGUCCAGAAGACACAAAUACUGUUAGACUUCUCGCUAAAGGUGUUCUAGAACUAUACGAACCCCCGUUAGCUACAAUCAACACCCAUCUCAAAGAAUUAACAGAAAAACAAGAAACAGUCCAACUGAUGCUGACCUCCGAGAGAAGGAAGCUCGAAGACCUUCAGAAUGAUGCCCCAUUGGAUGCUUUGUUGGCAGAUAUAGCAACAAACAGGGAAAAGUUAACAUCCAUUUCCAGUACAAUGAUGAACUUGCAUAAAAGAGUACAAUCCUUGCAGACUCGUGCAGCAAAUAUAGAAAAAGCAGCAAAAUCUCGUGCUACUGGUGUAGGCCGGCCAACUAGUAGUUAGUAGUUUAUUUAUUAAGUACUUUAAGCUCUAAAAUAUAAGAUGCAAUUUACUCAAACAGUCCAUAGUUGUCGGCGAAAAAGGUUUAAGCGACAUCUUUUCCGUAAAUGCCGACAUUAAGCCCAGUGUCGGCAUUGCAACUUACAACAAGAUUGUCGGUGUAAAUAGUAAUGCAACAUCGAUAUAGUAAACGCCGACAGUAAGUCUACUGGCAGGUAUCCUUCCGUUUGG